GUGGGCAUUGCGCGACUCCGGACGUCGCGCGCACGGACACAAUAAGGCUCGCUAUACCCGGUCGAGAGGAAGAAUCUUACUGGCCAGCGAAAAGCCGCUGGCGCUUAAACCGCAGUCGGUUUCUAAAAAUAAGUCGAGAGUUGGUCACAAUUCCCUCUCUUGCGCCUUCGUCUUCACUUACUGGUGUCCAUAUAGCUCGUUCAUUCCCCCCUUGCACAAUGGCUGUUCUACUCUCACUUCGAAAUGGCUGUACCAGACCCAGGUGUAGAAUUUUUCGUUAGCUUCCACGACAUCACCCCGAAUGAGCAGGGAAAAUGUAUAUAUUUCGUAAAGUCUCUCCGGGAAGACCGACGAUGCAAGUUUUACCGUUCCGACAAUAAGCGGGCAAUCGAAUUGCAUCGGAACAUCAUCGAAAGCGAGUCAGCAAAUGUUCCUGUUGAGGAUAUUCAGGAGUAUAUUCGGUCCAACUGUUGUGCCAAAGCGGGGCAUCGGGAUCUUGUCUUAUCCAGCCCACUUCUAAUUCCAUUAGUAGUACGAUGGCUAGAUGAGAUAAUGAUGCAGAAAUCCUUGGAAGAUGCCUCAAGGCCUUCGGCCCAGGAUACCACCCUUAUAUUAGCCAAGCGGACGCUGCGCGCUGAAAGUGUAGUCCCAAGCUCAUGCAGAACAUCUACUUUGUCGCCUAUCAAUUCAGCUACUACAGUCAAAACACCUUUGUCUAGUCCAUCAUCUACCCUUUUCGAUGGCCCAGAUGCGUCUAUUGUCAGACCAAAUCCGUUGCAAAGAGACGCAAGUUCAUCAUCACUUCCACAUGUCCCUUCGACAACCACACCAAGUACUACGUCACCUAUUUCAGAGCCUUCAGGGGCACAAAAACGAUACAAUCUUCGUUCUUCCGCUAUCGACGAUUCCCUCGCACAACUAAGGAGCCAAGCCGAACGUUUCUUGUUGGCAGAAUUCCAUCCUCAUAUAAAAGAGCCAACAUCUGAAGAUACUGUUGCAUGGAGAUUUUGUGCGGAUUUGAGUAAGGGAGAUAAUAGGCGAGACUUUCAAACAGGGUCGGUCUAUAUAUACAAUCGCGAAUCCUCCCCUGGUUAUGUCAAAAUUGGCUGGACGUCUAGAUCCGUCAACACUCGUCUAGCAGAAUGGUCAGAAUGCGGAUAUAAACCAAAUGAAGUGUUCAGGGUGACUGGAGUUCCGCAUGCGCAGCGUGUUGAGACGCUCACGCAUUUUGAGCUGAUCAAAGAAUGGCGUCGAGAGCGGCCUUGCCGAGGUUGUUUGGAGAAAGGAAAAGGAGAGAUACGUCAUCAGGAGUGGUUCGAAGUGAGCCCUGAAAGAGCGGAACAGGUGGUGAGCAUGUGGGCACAGCUUUUCAUGGAGUCCGAUCCGUACGAGCUAAACGGAUCGCUAAAGGACGAUUGGAAAAACGUUAUAGAUGUCAUGAAAUUGGACGGCGAGGCCAUUACUUCGAAAAGACUGUUGGAACACUACAAGACGACCGCCGCAAAAGAUACAGCGCUCGCUGAGACCACUCGAUCCACAAAGGAGGCGACAGCCGCAAAGGAAGCAGCGAUGCCGGCAAUCGUCAAAGAUCUACCAAAGCCAUCGCCUUCACCAAAUUCCGGCGAGCAGAGUCUUUUUCCAAUUUGCAAAGUAGAACAAGGAGAAGAGAAGCCACAGGCGAUCUCUAUCAAGGGAACGAUGUGCGCAUCCUUAGAGAGAGUUAAGACGAAUCCAUCUCAGGGCGAGCUAUCGCCAUCGAGUGUUCCAAUAGCUGACAUUGUGAAGAUUGAAGCAGAGGAACAACUAGUCUAUACUCACUGACAGAAGAUCUUUCCUACCUCCCAUUAGAUGUAAACCACCUAAAUCAGCCUCAGGUAUCUUUAGCAUCUUGUCCGUAAAUAUCGAAAUUCAGUUCUGAUUUAUCUUCCCAACCAGAAAUCCUCACUAGAUGAUUUGUCUCUAGAUGAGGUAUCUGUAAUAGAGCUGUCUUUAAGAUCAAUGAACAAUUAG